AUGAAGCGUGGGGUACAAUCGCAGACCCCUAGUGAGAGUGCCGAGUCCGUGUCAGCGACUUACACCGAGGUCUACGGCGACAACUUCGCAAGCGAGACUGAUCCGUCGAGCUUGGAUGGCUACCAGUCUGACGACUCGGUCUCGGACGCGACCGGCUUCCGCGCCGGCGGCUGCGGAGGACAUUGGGAGUGGAGUGCCGAGAACCAAGACUACGUGCAGUGGCGAGGCGGCGAGCUCCUCUUGUACAGAGCGUAUCAGAGAAUGGGAAGCGCAAAGGCCGUCGCGAGCAGACCGCACCACCAUGCUAGCAAGUCUCGUGAUUGCACCGUGCCGUGUGAAGAGUACAGACACCAAGAGACCUCCAAUGGAGAGAGUAAACACCGGCGAAAAGGGGGUGACUGGGCUGGCGAUGUGUCGAGGAUAGCGCCUUGUAAGCAGGAACAUGACCAACAGCAGCUGCGUGUCGCAGAGCCGCCGAAGUUCGCCGCAAUCUCGAAACCCAAAAAGUUCUUCUGCCCGGGUCGGAUAUUCCAGGUCGUCUGGUUCGAGCCCGAGAGCAAGGAGACCACGAGGGUCAAGAAGUCCGACCGCGAGUACAGCAAGGCGUGCCCGCCCUACCAGGGGGAGAAGCCCCUGGCCCGGUACCGCUGGUUCGUCGUCGUCCGCAAGCGCCGCAGCUUCUCGCUGUGCCUCUCCAUCACCAUCUUCAGCCCUGGCGGCUGCGAGCUGCGCGUCCCCAACGAGUCCGCCGUGCUCUACCCCGCGGGCAUCGACGCGCCGUCGCCCUUCCCCGAGGAGGGCAUCCUCCGCGAGCCCGUCGGCAUCAUCAUGGAGAACGGGCAGCAGUUCGUGUCGCCCAUGGCGAGGCUCGACUGCAGGCGGCUGUACACGCUCGAGGACGGCCUCAAGGUGGCCAAGGUGGGACGGGUGCACCCGGACUCUCUGGGCCUGCUCGAGGCAUACUACAAGGACUACUACGAGCAGUGCUGUACUGCGAAGAUGGCGCUCUCGUCCCGUGCUGAACGCAACCGGAGGAAAAAGCUGAAGCGAAAGGAGCGUCGCGACGUCGAAAGGGCAGAGGACCAGCAGAUCUAUGAGGCUCGGGAACAGGCACUUAGAGAGGCUCGCGAAGAAGCAUUUGGAGAGGCUGCCGAGGCUCGGGAGCAGGCACUUAGAGAGGCCGACGACGCUCAGGAACAGGCGCUUGGAGAGGCCGACGACGCUCAGGAACAGGCAUCGAGAGAGCCCAGCGAGGAGCGCCCAGGCCCGUCCUCGCAGUCGCGAGUCAGCGAAGAAGCCAUGGCCGAGUGCCAGAGACUGACGCGGUCUCUGAGGCUGGCCAUGGACGAGCUCCCCGAGGACCCCCCAGACUCUUCGUCGCAGUCGCAAACCGGGCCAGAAGACCAGAGACCAACGAGGGCUCAGGGCCGUGCCUCGAGAAGAGAGCGCCGGCCUAAGGGGCCAAGCGGAUAUGCUCCGUGGCUGGCCAACCUAGGACGCCCUCGAGUCGACUUCUGGGCUAAUAACUACAGCGAGUCCGACUCCUCGGAGAACGAAUUCCGCACGUCCAUCCAGUCCACACCCGGUUCGGCACCAUGCCAGACACUUCCCGAUACUCCCGUAGCCAAGUUGGCGCCCCCGACAGAUCCCGGAUUCACCAAAGAUUGGCUUGAACACCUGAAAGAAAUGAACAGGACCGACCCGAAGCAUUACUAUGUUUGGGAGGUAGACAGAGAGGCCGGGCUCCAGGGCAUCGUGGUGAUAUCGAGGACACCACCCAGCCACGGGUACAUGGCUACAACCGGCGAGGACUGCAUUACACUAAAAGAUCUUGAGCGUCAGUGGAAAGUAGUGUACUCGUUCAUGUGCAACGUGGCAGACGAAGACCAGCGCACAAGACUCGGGGAGGGAUUGAGGCGGGCGAGCAAGUAUCAUGCGGUGAUACGCAGUCUAAUGGACGCGGGCAAGACGCCCGGCAUCGAUUUCGUAGCGGACUUCAGCCCCUUCAAGUUGAACAACAUGCUCAAUGAGGCCAUGCGAGAUCCCGACCAUCUCUUCUCCGUGAAGAGAGACGACAAGACUGGCAAAUGCACCCUCCACGCGACACCGAGGGCUGUCCGCGAGGAGCCCAUCGUAUACGACCCGGAGACAAGGCUCGAGUUCUGGUACGGAACAUGA